ACUGACAGUCGAAAGUCGACGGUAUUGGUCGGUGGUCCACUCCACUGGAGUAUUGACUUUUGAGUAGACUCAAGCCUGUUGUUCGUGGGGUGGUUGUGUACUAAAAAAUAAAUCCUGGGAUUGUUCUAUAAAAGCAGUAUACUAAAAAUAUAACUUAAAAUGUAAAUUUAAUGACGACCAUGAGAUUUAAUUUAAUUAAAGCAACAAGUGCUUGGCUUGUAGUUUCUUGACCAUUUAGAUUCGAUCUCGUAGUCAGACCAAACGCAUACCAUGGGCGAUGUAGUGAGUUUGUUUUCUGUAAUAAUAAUGAAGUUUAAAUCAAAGAUUUAUCAAAGUAACCUUUAUUUUCACUGUGAGUUUCCCUGGGAGAAGCUGAAGUCUAUUAAAUGGAAAAACGAAAGAGCUACAUCUAACAAAGCUUAUAUUCCCACCAAAGUGGAAAAUGUAGCUAAUGUUUGUACACAUGCCCUUUGUGUUGCGCCUGCAUCUUUUGGUGCCAGGGAACUGCUCACUCGCUCCAUAAACGCACCACAAGCAAUAGCAGCAAUUGUCUAUGGGCUCGCUCUCUGUCUUCUUUUUGCAGUUUCCACAACUUUCCACUCUGUGUGCUGUUGUGGUUCUGAUACCAAAAUGAAGCACUUCCUUCACCGAUGCGAUCGAGCAAUGAUCUAUAUAUUCAUUGCGAGCUCGUACUUCCCCUGGUUGACGGUUGGGACUCUCUCCUGUUGGAUGCUGAGGGAAUUAAGAUGGGCGAUAUGGUUACUAGCGAUUCUUGGCAUCACCUACCAACAAAUCUUCCAUGAGCGGUACAAGAUGCUGGAGCUAUUGCUGUAUCUUAUCAUGGGGCUGGGUCCUGCUGUCGUCAUUUUCACGUCUAAUCACCAGUUUCCAGCGAUGCACGAUCUCAAACUCGGCGGUAUGUUGUACCUUAUAGGAGUGUUCUUCUUCAAAUCAGACGGACGUAUACCAUUUGCCCACGCUAUAUGGCAUCUGUUCGUCGCUUUAGCCGCCAGCGUACACUAUCUGGCGAUACUGCGACACCUCUUCCCCGAACUCAAAACCCAAUAAAGACUGCCCUAUUCAAUCUCAAUUUGAGCUCUCAAUGCUAUUUUUGUAACUAUAACAGGAUAAUUCGUCUUGAACGCCAAUUGGAUCUAUUGAGCAACGUUCAUUGAUCUAAGACGAUUUAUUCUGUUCAAUGCAUGUUAUCGAUAUAAGAUUAAUAUAAUAGUGUUAUGGAUAGGUUUUGUUCUGAAUUCUUUCUAGUCUAGUUUUCGUCCAUGUUUAUGUUUUAAUCGCCAUGUUACGCAAGUUAUUCGAGCUUGAAGGUCUUAAUAUCGGUUUGCAUAUGGUUUCGCGGUUUCUGUGUGAUGUAACGUGUCUACACGCAAAAUGAUAAAUGACGCGUUUUACAAGGAUAAUAUGAAACUUAAUAUAUUUAUUCUUGCGUUGUAUUAUAGCCUGUGCAAAACACUGGCGUAGCAGUUAUGCAAACUAAUAUAGGUUUAAUUGUCUAUGCGUCAUUUACUUAUUUUUUAUAGAAGUUAGAAUGUUGUUAACAUAACAAAGAAGUAUUUAGCGACCGCAAAUCUUACGAUGGUUCUCUACUAUGUGGUUUAAAGUAUGAUAUAUUCAAACUUUUUGGCAUUAUACCAAAAUUUCAUACCACUCUACUGCUCUCUUAACCACUGAAGAGGCCCUUGAACAUCGACAAAGCGUAUCUACAAAGGUUCGGUUUGAAUGAACUAUUGUUUUCAUCGACGUGGGUUGAACUCGUCAAAAAAGUUUUUGGCAAUCGGAAACAAUAUCACGAUAGUAUUUUGAAUCAUUUGACUUGAUUAUAUAGAAACUACUAGCUGACUCGGCCAAGCGUUGCUGUGGCUAAGGUUUUUGUUAUAUUACAUAGUAGUAAACUAUCCAAGGGAAACGGUAGGAGAACACCAGUCAUGGGGACCACCAUGCUUUUUUGGUGGCUAUG